UCCGCCAUUUUAUGUCGCCUUUCCAUUGUUCAUAACUGGAGUCAGCCGCGGCGGCAUUUCACAUUUACUCUCGUUAUAACAGGUUUGGCGGAGAACAGAGAGGGUAACAACAGUGGAAAGAGCGGGACACGGGCGGAACUCGAGAUCAUCUCAACAUCUACACAAGAGGAUUUUCUCUCAGGGUUCGGUGUCUUAAUUCGAUCGGGAAAAUAUGAUGGACGACGAGCAGCCCAAGACCCUGUAUGUAGGAAACCUGUCACGGGAUGUGACCGAGGCCCUUAUAAUGCAGCUCUAUAAGGGACAAAUCCAAAUUAAACCCUGCGGCUCGUGCCUCAUUUGCCUUCAGACGGCAGGUAACGAUCCAUACUGCUUUGUGGAGUUCUUCGAGCAUAGGCACGCAGCAGCCUCACUCGCAUCUAUGAAUGGGCGUAAAAUAAUGGGUAAGGAGGUAAAGGUCAACUGGGCUACAUCACCUAGCAGCCAGAAAAAAGACACAACCAAUCACUUCCAUGUCUUUGUUGGAGACCUCAGUCCAGAAAUCACCACUGAUGACGUCAGAGCUGCCUUUGCACCCUUUGGGAGGAUGUCAGAUGCGCGUGUAGUCAAAGACAUGGCAACGGGGAAGUCAAAAGGCUAUGGUUUUGUUUCAUUCUUCAACAAAUGGGAUGCAGAGAAUGCCAUUCAGCAAAUGGGAGGUCAGUGGUUAGGCGGCAGGCAGAUCAGGACUAACUGGGCUACAAGAAAACCCCCAGCGCCUAAAGCAACCUAUGAAACAAAUGCCAAGCACUUGUCGUUUGAUGAAGUGGUGAACCAGUCCAGCCCCAGCAACUGUACUGUGUAUUGUGGCGGAGUCACUACAGGCCUUACAGAACAACUCAUGAGACAGACCUUUUCCCCAUUUGGUCAAAUCAUGGAAAUUCGAGUGUUUCCAGACAAAGGCUACUCGUUUGUGAGGUUCAGCUCUCACGAAAGUGCAGCUCAUGCGAUAGUGUCUGUUAAUGGCACGUCUGUAGAAGGUCACAUAGUGAAGUGUUACUGGGGUAAAGAGACCACAGACAUGGUGAGCCCCAUGCAGCAGGUGCAGGUACCCCAGCAGAACAAAGUUGGUUUUGCUGCCCAACCAUAUGGCCAGUGGGGACAGUGGUACGGCAAUGCACAACAGAUUAGUCAGUACGUCCCUAACGGCUGGCAGGUACCCACUUACGGCGUGUACGGGCAGGCCUGGAACCAGCAGGGCUUCAAGUAA